AUGACAAAUACUACCAAGACUACAACUUGUCUCUUAUUCUUCUUGAUUUCAUUCUAUUUGAUCGUAUCGUCGCUCAAUCGGCCGGCGCCCUAUGCCUCCGGCUACUACGUGGCCGUCUUGAAGCUCGUCGCAGCGGCCGUGGUGGCAUUCUUGAUCGUCCUGGCUGUCAGGACGACGCUGGUGACGUGGAUAACGGUGGUGGUGCUCCUGGCCUUUGCCGGGAAGCGCCGCCGCGUCUUGGCUCGAGAGGGUAGGAAGAUCACGUCAGAUGUGGCCAUGUAUUUGGCGCAAGUUGUGAUCAAAGAGAGUAGCGUUGUGGCUUUUGCAUGUGCCACUAUCAUGAGCCUAAUGGGAAUGGCUUGGCUUGGAAAUGCCAAUUGA